AUGGACGUUGACGAACGAGAGCUGGCUGCCAGCAAUUUCAAUGACCCGACGUUUGACUGCGACGUACUUCUCACUGCCUAUGCUUAUGGUCCAGCCCUUACCUUCGUUUCAUACCAACGCACGGCUAACUUAGACGAAUACAUUCCUGAAUCCGAAUCCGAAUCUGAAGAUUCCGAAGAUGAAUAUUAUUCAUCUGAGAUAGAGGGUGAUGAUACCGCAGAGUCUCGAUCCAAGCGGAAGAUCAUUAGGAGGCAGCGCCAGAUCUGCCAGCUGUUGGUGGAUACUGAAGGCAAAGCACCUAGUCGACCCUCCCUGAGUGAAAGCGCACAUUUUACGGGGGAAGUUAUCGGUGAUACCGUUAAUCGAUACAGAGCAGCAUGUCAGGAGCUAAGUGUGAACCACUAG